AUGGUUUCACAAUUGUUCGAGGAGAAAGCUAAGGCAGUCAAUGAGCUACCAACCAAGCCCGACACCGAUGAGUUGCUGAAGCUUUACGCGUUGUACAAGCAAGCGACCGUCGGAGACAAUACUAAGGAGAAGCCGGGUAUUUUCAACAUGAAGGACCGCUACAAGUGGGACGCUUGGGAGGCACUGAAGGGCAAGAGCCAGGAGGACGCCGAGAAGGAGUACAUAGAGCUUGUGGACGCUUUGAUCGCCAAGUACUCGAAAUAG